AUGAAGACGGUCAAUUGGAGCAGACUUUCUGCGCCCGAAACUGCUACGACCUGGUGGCGAGAGCCCGAGGUUUUCCCAGCCGAGGCGAUCGCCGCGCACCUGGCGGAGCUGGACGAGCUGUUCAGCGUGCGCUCGCCCGCCUGCGACUGCUCCGGCUGCGCGGCCUCCACUGCCUCGACGCCUCGCUCGUCCCGGGCUGCGUCGCCCGCCGGCUCAGGCGCGAGCACCCCGCGUCGGGGCGGCAGCAGGAGUGGCAGCAGCGGCCUGGUGGGCGAGCGCCGGGCGCUGGCCGUGCACGUCUUCCUGCGUGGCCAGCGGCGCAGUCCCCGAGGCCUGGUGCGGGCGCUCGAAGCUGUAAAGGCGUUCACAGGCGACCGGUCCGAGUUCUCCUCUGCCGAGAAGCUGUACGAGCUGUUGGCGGAGGUGCCGGCCUAUGAACUGAGAGUGCGCGCUAUGCUCCUGUUUGAGGAAUUCCCGGCCAAAGCGUUGGAAAUGGAGCGCCAGCUGCAAACGGUCAUCACCGAAUGUUCAUCGAUUAUGAACAACAGGGGAUUGCGCAAGUUUCUGCACCUGGCGCUGACGCUGGGAAACCUUCUGAACAAG